AGAGAAAUGAAAGGGAAUUUAAAUUGAAUAAAUGUAUUUUUGAACGCCAGAUAAUUUGCUGUAAAAAAAGUUAUGAGUAAACCACCAGCCUUGUGAAUUGAUUACAAACUUUACAAUGGCUCGCAGUGUACAAUGGAGGAGAAAUAUCAAUGAUAUAGUUUGUUGGAGACAGGCCGAGGCAGGGAAUGCUACCAUCUACAUCUUAAGAGAAAGGGGACCAACUGGGUUUUUAUUGAAGGAAGAGGGAGAACCAAAAAAUGUCAAGGUUUUUUUAGGGGAUCCCCAUAGUUGUACCUGUGCUCAGUUUAAAAAAGAUAAAGACCUGUGUAAACAUAUCAGCUGGCUUCUGUUAAAGAAAUUUCGUAUUCCCAAGGAAAACCCAUUAACAUGGCAACUAGGAUUAGUAGAAAGAGAAAUCAAUGAAGUUUUACGUGGUGUCGUCCAGCAACAGCAGCGAAGACAACAAGAGAAAAAAACACACAGAUCAGUAAUACAGGCUUCAGACGGGCGAGAGGUCAAAGGUCAAAGAGAGAUCUCUGAGGAUGACGUCUGCCCUAUUUGUCAAGACGAACUUUUGGCAAAACAUUUACCGGUUACGUACUGCAAAUUUGGUUGUGGGAACAGCAUUCAUAUUAAAUGCAUGAAGAUUUGGGCCGAACAUCAAAAAGGUAAAGGUGAUAAUUUUGUAAAAUGUCCGAUGUGCCGAGAAGAUUUUGGGCCGUUUAAUUUACUGAAGGAAGAGAUGAGGAAUGCUAAUGGUGGUCUAACACAAACCAGGAAUGUUGUACGACAGGAUAGACAUCUUGGUACCAACUGUCAGAGUUGUCAUACGGCGCCGAUUGAAGGCAAAUGCUACAGAUGUGUUGUAUGUGCUGAUUUUAUGCUGUGUCAGUCGUGUUUUAAUUCACCAAUACACACACAUCAUCAGUUUGAAUAUAGACAGAAGAGAAAUCAAAGAUGGCAGCGUGUGAGCAGACGUGAUAAUGGUGUCCUCCCGGAAGCUGUUGUUAAUAAUUUAAUGGCUAGAGAUAUAACUGAUGAUGAUUACGAUUAUCUUCUACAAUUAGAUAGCCAUCAAGAAAUUCAAGGCAGUGAUUUAACUGAAGAAGAAAUAAACACCCUACCUCAAGAAAGAGUAAGAGAAGGUGGUCAGUUAUUGGCGCCAGGAAUGCAGUGUAGAAUAUGUUUACGGGCUUACGAAGUUGGGCAGUUGAUUAGAAGAUUACCGUGUAGGCAUAAGUUUCAUAAAGACUGUGUUGAUAAUUGGUUACUUCAUACAAGAUCUCCUGUCCUAUAGAUGGUAGCUUAAUAUCUUCACCGUUAACAGAGAUGACAUCGCCAAAUAAUCACAGGGAAAGACGAGCCAGUUUAAAUAGUGCCGAAUCAACACAAAGUACAACUAGUAAUCAGUCAUCGUUAAUUUUAGAAAUACCAGGUGUUGGAAUUAGUCACGUACCGUCCAAUAGAACAGAUACUAUAAAUAGACAUCAAUUACGCCGCGCAGUACGAUCCAAUCACGUACAACAUAGAGCGCCAUCUAGUUUAGAGCUAGCUGGAACUGGAUUGACGUCUGCUGAUAAUAGAAUAAGUAAUCCGUCUUUCUUAGAAUAUGUACCGCAUGCACAGUUGCCAGGCAACCAAUUAUUACAGCGAGCAGAAGAAAAUCGUCAAGCUAUUAAUAACAGGUUAUCAUCAGUUGGUGGUCACGUUGUUAACGAUAUUGAAUUCAACAGUUUACCAUUGACGGGAAAUACUAGUUCUUUACCUUCCUAUAAUAGCAGACGGCCUCCAGUUGUGCCUUCAGGCUUUUCAAAAGCAGAUUCCAGCAGUAACAGAAGAGGUAGAAUGUUAGCUAGAGAUCCAAGUAUUAAACACCAGUAUUUAAAACGUAGAUCAUCCAGUGGAAAUAGAUCAGCUUCUAGAGAAAGAAUUUUAACUCAAGCUCUUCAACAAGCACAUGAUUUGAAUGUCCAGAAUUUAUACCUGGGUAACAAUCCAAGAACGAACCCGUCCGAGCAGGGUCAGCUCCUCCCACCAACCAACCGUGGACAGUUAAAAACUAACUCCAUAGUGACUACCAGUAGUAAGAAUACACCUUCGACAGAUCUCAAUAUACAGUUAGACGGGUUGGGGCUGGAAAAUAUGACCCUUAGGGACAUCAUUCAUUGAACUUGGUUUAAAUAGAUUUGAAAAGUUUUCUAAAUUUAUGUGUAUCAGGGACACUGAUAGCAUCAAUUUACACCAUUCUAAUUUUCAAUCAGACGUCUGUGGUUCUUGUUAAAGAGAUUGUAAAGAGGUUUUCUAAUUUUUUUAUGUGUAUCAGAGACACUGAUAUCAUCAAUUUACAUCAUUCUAAUUUUCAAUCAGAUGUCUGUGGUUCUUGUUAAAGAGAUUGUAAAGAAGUUUUCUAAAUUUUUUAUGUGUAUCAGAGACACUGACAGCAUCAAUUUACACCAUUCAAAUUUUCAAUCAGAAGUCUGUGGUCCCUGCAAUUCCAAUGAAAACUUUUUGAUGACGUCAAAAGUUAAUCUAGGUGUUUUAGGUUGUUUUCCAGAUUUUAAAUGUGUUAAAAAUGAAGUAUAUGUAAAAUAUUAUUAAUCGUAUAAAAACUGUGAUAUUUUGAAAUGAUACUGGUGAAAAUUUUGUAUUUAUAUUAUUAUUAUUAUUGUUAACGAAUUAAUUUAAUAAAAUUAUUUUGUAAUUUUCAA